AUUGAGCGCGAGAGUGUUGAGAGAGAAACAGUGCGCAAAACCUCCCGGGAGAGAAAAUGGCGAGCAGCUCAAGCUCAACUUCAGGUAGAGAUCUCCAUGGCAUUCUCGAAGCCAUUAAAUCUUCAGAGGUUGUUGAGAAUCGUGUUGAAUUGCUUAAUGAACUAGGGGAGUUAAAUAUAACAGAGAUAUCUGAGGUGGCAUUCCUUGUAGACACUCUUCAAAUACUCUGGGAAGAUUUUACUUGUCUAGACAUAUCUCAGUGCACACUAAACAAGACCAUUUUGCAUGUUGCGGCAAAAUAUCUAGAUUUGGAUAUAUCUGGAAGUUUGGGGCAAAUUCUGGGUUUAGGAGCAAAGGCUGCCAUGUGGUGUAGAAAGCAUCUUAAGAUGACAGUUAUGUCAGCUACUCAGGAUUCACAAGAAGAACAUGACAACCUAUUUUAUCAGUUGCUUUUGGAUUUGCUGGGCUACGCUGCCUCUGGUUUUUCAGCUUUAACCAGAUACCCUAUUUCGGUUAACAAGGGCUUGAUGACUGCUGUUGAGAAUUUCAUUUUGGAGCAAUUAAACCUGAUAAAGGAUUGUAUUUCAGAGAUAAAGGCACUUUGUGUAUUUGGGUUGGAAGUGCAAAAGGUGGUGCAGGAAGUCCUUGAUGCUUUGAUACGGCUAUGCAGGGUUUAUUCUGACAACAUAGAUUGGAAUUCCUGUCAUCUAAGAGCAGAUAGAGAUACAAGUGUAGUAGGUGUUCAAGAGGCUGAUAGCACAGAUCAUGUUAUCAAUGUAAUCAAACUUUCAAUUGAGAAACUGUGUGAAUUAGGCAUCAUUGCAGGUAAUAAUGGUGGAAGUUCUGUGAGCUUACUAAAUUUGUCAUGGAAAGGUGUAGUUAGCUUGCUUCAGCUUGGCAAGGGUGCUUUAGCAGAAAAGGUGGAUAUAGCAGGCACCAUCUUGAGCCUGGUUUCACUUGCUAAUGCAUGUUUGAAAAUUGCAGCCGAGGGAUGGUCUUCCCCACAGAAAGAACCAAUCUCUUUUGUAGAAGCCAAAAGAAUAUUCCUUCCGGUUAAGUUUUAUCUGAUUAAUGCUGUAAGAAUUAUCUCCCAGUACCCAGCCCAAGCCUUUUCGGUGUUCAAAGAUAUUACUCUUUCUGUUGUAAAGAUCUCAACCUUCAAAAUCUUACUGUGUAAAGAUGAACUUCUGAAGUUUGCAAGUGAAGCAAUGUUAGAAAUACUGGAGCCUACAUCCUUGCAUAUUCUUAAUUCUCUCCUGAUUUCUGCCCAAGUGCAACCAGAGCACAAAUUCCAACUUUUGGACUGGCUGUUUGGGGACGGAUGGGAUUCAGAUGAUGUGGUUUCACCUAGUGAUGGUGGGGUUGAUGCAAUGAAUGCUAUUUUUUGCACUAGUUCUGAUGCCAUGCAUGGUGGAAAAGUUCUGUUACCUGGCCGGGUAAUUGUAUUUCUUAAUUUACUGAAGAGUGCUCCUGAUAUUGAAAAUGAUGUAAGAAUGGUGAUGGCCAGAAAACUAGGAUGGUUAUUGGGUACAUUUGUAGAUGAAGAUAUAUAUUCUUUGAUUCUCGCCUUGCAAAUUCCUACCGUCUGCAGUUCAGCUCAAAAGCAAGAAGUGACUUAUGAACCUAUAUUCCACUUAGUACUCCAUGCAUUGAAAACCUUCAUGAUAACUGCUUCUUCAAGUUCGGCCUGGUGUGAUGUAGAGCAUUUCCUGCUUGAGAAUUUUUUCCAUCCCCACUUUCUUUGCCAUGAAGUCAUUACUGAGCUUUGGUGUUUUAUUUGUCGACAUGCUGAGAAAGAUAUAGUGAAUGACAUUAUUGAUAAAUUGUGCUCAUUAUUGAAUUAUUUGGCAUCUCCUGAAUUUGUAGUUAUUCCUGACAGUGCAGUGCGAAAAGUUGCAAGGUUCAUUUGCACGCUUGUUAACUGUGGUUCUGAAUCAAUGGCAGAUAGAAUUUUUUCUUCAGUUCUUGGCAAUAGCAGACCUCACUGUUCAUCAAGUAUGUACUUAGCGCUGCUCAUGGAGGGUUUCUCUCUGGAUUUGCUUUCAAACAAAAUGAGGACCACAGCAAAACAACAAAUUGUUGUGGAAUAUUUUGAAUUCCUGGAUGCAUUUGAGGAUAAAUUACCAAGGGAAUGUGGCUCUGGUGUUUAUGGUGCUCCAGUUUUCGCUUUAUCGGCUGUGUUACAAUCUUGUGCAGUCAGUAUAUCUGAUACAGAAAUGAAGACUUCAAAAUUCCUAGUAGCAGUGAUUCACAAAUUCUAUAGCUCUAUGGACAGCCCAGUAAAGGAAGAUUACAGAAGGCUUCUGAGCGAAACAUUAACUAUCAUCUCCAAAAUAAAGAAUUUGUAUUCAUCUGAUGGGAUGGAGGUAGUAAUUUUGGAGCUUCAGAAUCUUUUUAUCUCAAGCCCAGCAAUGUCAAAUAGUCAAUUGUUUGUAUGCAAACCAAACCUGUCAUCCUUCAUGGCUGGCCUUGGUUACAUUGAAUUGGCAGAUGGGGAAGAUAAUGCAAUGAGUGCAGCUGUAAGGGAGCUUUAUUGUAUGCUACUAAGAGAAAGGCAUUGGGCAUUUGUUCACUUAGCAAUGGUGGCUUUUGCAUUUUUCGCUGCCCGUACUACUUGCAAUGAGCUUUGGAGAUACGUGCCACCAGAUGCUGCUCUUUCGUUUGAUUUGGAUCCAGGAAAUGAAGCGGAUGAAGAGAGGUUUAUGUCAGAGUUAAAGGUCUUUCUUGAGAAGGAAAUGCCGUCUCAAAAGGCAAAUUUGCUUGAUUAUCAGCUUGCAAUGCUCAGAAAGGAUGGACAGAUGUUGAAAGAGAUUGUAAGAAAGACAAAGGAAACCAAAACAAAAACUAUACCCUGUGAAGCAAUGGAGGUUGAUAAUGAGAAACAAUCUAGUAGGAAAAGGAAAUUGCCAGAUGGAAUCAGUGAAGGAAUGGAAAUGCUGCAGAAUGGGCUGAAGGUUAUGGGUGAUAGCGUUUCGACAUGGCAAAAUAACCAGUUCGACUCCAUCGAAACUCAUGAAAAUUUCUUGAAGCACAUUUCUCAACUGAAAGACGUGAUCACAAGCUUGGCUGGCUUAGCCGGAACUGGUUAAGUACUCUCUUCCUCAUUGCAGUAUGUUUCUCAUUUUCUUUAGUUGCAUUGCAUUUAAGGUUGCCAUGGAAUAUUGUGUUUUUGCACCAAAACGUGAACAGAAAAUGCAGAAUUGUGUACAGUGAGAAGGAAACGUUGAAACAGAAUAGAAUAUGUCGUCAAUACGGUGUAAUGGCUAACUUGUUCGUUUGAACUGCGUUGUGCUCAAAAGAACAUUAUUUUAGA